CUCUACUUCAGUCCCACUACCUUCACUUUUUUCAGCGAAAGUACAAUCUUUACGUAUCUUUCGCAUUCAAUCUAUCUUGAUCUCAUUCACAUAUUUAUAAAAAUGCAGUUUGCUCAGUUCACCAUCUCUACCCUUGCCCUAGUCUUUACUCUUUUUGUAUCGACUGUUCAAGCAGCCAAAUACCCAGUCCGAUCUGGAGUAAAGCAGAGCGGUAUUGCCACCUGGUUUGAUGGUGGCCAUCUUACUGGUGCUGCUUGCUAUGGUGUGCUUUUGGACCAAGAUGUGAAUGCCCGAGAUUCUUGGCAUAUUGCUGCAAUCAAGAUGUCAGCCUAUGAUGGCGGACUUCGAAAAGCAUGCUUCCAAUGCGUCAAAGUCACAUCCAAAAAGACUAAGCGCUCGAUCAUUGCACGCGUCAUCGAUGAUUGCAGUAGCUGCAAGAGCAAACAUGUCGACUUGACUACGACUGCAUUCAAGGCUCUGGCUCACCCCCUCAAGGAUGGUGUAGUCGAUAUCUCCUAUGAAUUCGUCCGUUGCCCUAGCAGUGGCAAGUGGCCCAAAAAUCCUCCUGUCAAAAAGCUGUAAAACAUCACAAAAGGAUCAGCCUGAUGUUUUUUUUUUUUACACAUAAUUUAUGAGAAAAGACUGGCUCUUUUUUCCUUUUCCCCUUGCAUAUAAUCUUUUUGUAUUUAGUCAGCACAUCAAUUGUUCAUGAUAUUUCUUUCACAUUCCUUCACUCAUUCCUUUUUUUCUUUAGUUUGCAUUUACCUAUACACGACAGAAGAAGGCCUCAGUGCUUCUCAAGCCUCCCAUUUUAAAUAUCGUUUUAAAUAAAAUUGCCAC